AUGGGACAAUUAUACUAUAAAAGUGAUUGGAGUUUAAUAUUAACUUAGGAUAAUUAUUAUUAAAUAAAUAUGUUAUAUUAUUCUAAUUUAACAUAUUUUGAAAUAGAUACUAGUCAAACAGCUUAAAUUUAAAUAUAUAAAGUAAAAUAUAAUAAUGAUCCAUCAUUAAAUUAGAUUUUGUGUCUCAAUUUAACUAGCCAAUAAAUAACAUUUUAUUAAAUUUAUCCUUACUAAAAAAUACUUGCUUAUAGUUCAUCUAAUAUUGAUCAAUCGACUAAUUUAAUCCCACUCAAUACAUUUUAUAACUGGAUUUAAUACACUAUAAAUGAAUUAAAUCAUUUAUAUUUAGACCCUAAUGAACAUACUAUGAGUUUGCUGAAAUCAAUUCAAAUUUCCGAUAUGAUAUAUUCAGUUUUUUUAAUUGAUAUAAAUUCUAUCAUAAUAGUAAGUGGAACAAGUUAACAAAAUAACUUGAAUCUGAAUUUAUACAGUAUUAAUGCAUCUAAUAACUAAAUUUUUUAUUCAGAAAAACACUUAAUAAACUAGCCAAGCUCAAUAAAUUAAGUUUAUUCUUUUGGAGAUUUAAUAAUUAUUUGUACUACCAAAAGUGUAGGAUUAUACUAAAUUUCUUCAAAAUUAUCUUAAUUAUCUUUAGUUGAACAGUUUUAGCAAAUGAAUCCUUCAUUAUGCUCUUCAUCUAAUUUUGAUUUAGAUGAAAUAUUUCCAGAAAUACAUAUCAUUUAGACAAUUUAAUAAUCUUUAUUUUUAAAUAUAAUAAAUACAACUACAAAAUAAAAGAUCGUACAAUUUAUUCCAUAAUUUUAAUCACCUUCUUAAGUAAUGUCUUAUCUUUAAAUUAGUUAAGGUGAAAUAUUGUUUGCUGAACUUCCUGAGAUUUAGCAAAUUUGUGAUUUAAAAUGUAAUGGAUAAUUGCAUUUUUAUGAUAUUUUUUCUAAGAAAAUAAUAAAUUCAAUAAAAAUAUGGGAUCUAUAGAAUUAUGAUUAUAAUUAAUAUUAAAACUUUGGAAAUAAUUUAUUAAUAAGAUUUUCAAGAAAUAUUUUUGCAAAUAAAUAAUAUUUGGUAUACUGA